UGCACUCAAAAGAGGAAGGUAGCCUUUCUAUGGGAUAUGUUGCUUGAGGUUUUUGAUAUGCUGAUCUAUGACUUUAAGGAUUUUACAAUCAAAGAGUAUUAAUUGUAAUAGGAGAGAACAGAAUGCAAAGAAAACUUAAAAUAACAAGUAAACACUGGUGUAGGAAACCACAUUGGAUAAGUUGAUCUUGAAUGGGACAACGAAGGAGAAAGGAGAACACAGAAGAAGGUAAGGGCUGAAUGAGGGCAUGCGGCAUGCAGAGCAGAGAUGGAGCUAAGAGGCAGGAGAAGAAAAGAAGGUGUUCUGCUAGUAAUGGUAUCAGCAGCUGAACUCCCACUUUAUCAUAAGAACAAAUUCCUAGGCCUUGCCCUGUGCACUAAUAAUUACAGUGUAUCUCUUUUCUUGUCUAUUCAGCAUCCUCCACUGCACACAACUACAUGCCAGCCUUUCUCUAGCAGACCCUCUUGUUUAACUGCUCAACUUUUGGUGUUCAGCUUUGAAAAUUUUUUUAAGAAUUUCAAGAAGGAAAGCAAAAUUCUCUCUGAGAAAACCAUCAACUUGAUUGAAUCCCAUCUGGAGGAUAAGAACCUUCAGGGAGCAUUGUCUGUGAUUAGUCAUGCUCUGAGCAACAUUGACAAAGCCCUACUAAACAUUGCUGUGACUGGAGAAACAGGGACAGGGAAAUCCAGCUUUAUCAAUGCCUUGAGGGGAGUGAAGGAUGAAGAAGAAGGUGCAGCCCCAACUGGGGUGGUAGAGACAACCAUGAAGAGAACUCCAUACCCACACCCAAAGCUUCCCAAUGUGACAACAUGGGACUUGCCUGGCAUUGGGUCUACUACCUACCCACCACAAAACUAUCUGACAGAAAUGAAGUUUGGUGAGUACGACUUCUUCAUUAUCAUCUCAGCUACACGCUUCAAAGAAAUUGAUGCACAUCUGGCCAAAACUAUUGAAAAGAUGAACACAAAGUUCUACUUUCUCCGAACCAAGAUAGAUCAAGAUGUCAGUAAUGAACAAAGGAGUAAACCUANGUCUUUCAAUAGAGACAGUGUGCUAAAGAAAAUAAGAGAUGACUGCUCAGGUCAUCUCCAGAAGGCUCUCUCUAGUCAGCCUCCAGUGUUCCUAGUCUCUAACUUUGAUGUGUCUGACUUUGACUUCCCAAAGCUGGAGACCACCCUACUGAACGAGCUCCCAGCCCACAAGCGCCACCUCUUCAUGAUGUCCUUGCACAGUGUUACUGAGACUGCCAUUGCCCGGAAGAGGGAUUUCCUCAGACAGAAGAUCUGGCUGGAGGCCCUGAAGGCUGGAGUAUGGGCCACCAUUCCACUUGGGGGCUUCAUCAGAGAUGAAAUACAA